AUGGAUCAUCAUCCUGAAAUAGUUGACAAUGAUGAAGAUGAUGAUAGAUGUUCGACACCAGUUGAAUCUGAAAGAUCGGAUAGUCGAGCAUCAACAAUAAUUGCAUCUGAAUAUGGAACACCUGUGAAAUCGGUGACAAAUUCGAUAUAUAAUGUUGAAUUGGAGCGAUUGGAAAAUCAGAAUUCGGAAUAUCGAGAUAAAUUGUUGAAAACUAUUCGAGAACGGGAUUUGAAUGAGGAGUUGUUGAAGUGAGUGGGGGAAUUUUUGGAUUUUUUUUGAAAUCGGACCAGGAAUUUAAUAGGAAUCGGAUCACCAGAGGGAAAUUCUGAGAAAUUUUCAAAAAAAUCGCUGAAUCUUUUCUAGGAGCUUGGAAAUUUGCUUGCGCGUUUCUAGAAGCUUAGAUGCCUGCUGACGCUUUUCUAGGAGCUUUAAAGUUUGCUGACGCUUUUAUAGAAGCAUGAGAAUCUGCUGACGGUUUUCUGGGAUCUUGGAAAUUUGCUGACGCGUUUCUAGAAGCUUGGAAAUUUGCUGGCGCUUUUUUUCUAGAAGCUCAAAUGCCUGCUGACGCAUUUCGAGGAGCUUGUGAAUCUGCUGACGCAUCUCUAGAAGCUCAGAUGUCUGCUGACGCAUCUCUAGAAGCUCAGAUGUCAUCAUGAUUUUCUGAAUUUCUGAUUCGGACCCAUUUAGAAGUACUGUAGAUCAGACUACUUUCGAUUCCAGAAAUGUUCGUGGCCAACAUCAAAAAGAGCUCGAAUCCCAUCUCCGACGAAUUCGCGACCUCGAAAUCCAAUUAAAAGCAACAUCCGACAAAUCGAGUGCUCAAGAAGCGCAUUUCAAUGUGACAACUCGAGAAAUGAGCCAGAAAUAUAAUACAAGUGUUCAACAAUUAACUCGAAAAGCUGAUCAAAAUGAAAAGGAAAAAAAUGAAGCAGUUGUGAAAUAUGCGAUGAGAGAAGGUGAAAUGAUGAAAAUCAAAGAGGAAAUUGUGAAAAAAGAGAGUGCGUUGAAGCAAAUUCAAGAUGAGAUAAAUGAAAUGAAACGGUGUCAAGCACAGGAAAAUGUGGAGGAAUUGGAGAAAAAUGUGAAUAAUUUGAAAGUUGAAGUGGAAAAAUUGAAACAUGAGAAAUUCGAUGCUGAAAAUCGAUUGAAAAUGGCUGAGAAGCGGGUGGAAGGAGUAUUGAGAGAAUUGAAUGAGGCGAAAAAAGAGGGAGAUGUUUUGAGAAAACAAUUGAUACAGUCGAAAGAUGAUAAAAUGCAUUCACAGGUAGAGGAAUUUGAAGGGGGAAAGGGAGUUUCUCUAGAUCUUGGAAUUUUUUUUGAAGGGAUUCACACCUCGGCCAAAAUCGUAGUUAAAAAAUUGUGCAUUUUUCAGUUUUUGUCCUCUAAAAACUGUGAUUUUUCAAUUUUUGUCUUCUAACGAGGGAAGUGUGUUAUGAGUCCCCGGAGAUUUUCAAUGAGACCUAUGUUUUUAGGUCAGUUUUUCACGCUGAUAAAGCUCCUGUUUUCAGUUUUUGCUGAACGACUCUCUGAAGAGCCCAAAAAUGAGCCAAAAGUUGAGAAUUUCCUGAAAAUCGGGUUUUUAGGAGCCCAUAACUCAUGUUAGAAAUUAUUUUUAUGGAAAACUGAAUGCAUCACGUUGUUCAGGAGGGUCGAUUUACCAAAGUCACAAAUUUUGACAAAAUUUUCCAAAAAUUUUCAAAUGUGCAAUCCAUGACCUGAGCCUAUUUCCUGAGCCACGAAAUUUUUUUUUUGAAAAGUAUGGACUUACUAAUCAAAAAUUUGUGACUUUGGUAAAUCGACCCUCCUGAACAACGUGAUGCAUUCAGUUUUCCAUAAAAAUAAUUUCUAACAUGAGUUAUGGGCUCCUAAAAACCCGAUUUUCAGGAAAUUCUCAACUUUUGGCUCAUUUUUGGGCUCUUCAGAGAGUCGUUCAGCAAAAACUGAAAACAGGAGCUUUAUCAGCGUGAAAAACUGACCUAAAAACAUAGGUCUCAUUGAAAAUCUCCGGGGACUCAUAACACACUUCCCUCGUAAAAACUGAAAUUUAAAUACUUCCAAAAAUUGUACUCUGGCCAGCCACAGCUUGGUCGAGGUGUGAAGGGAUCCUUUGUUGAGCCCUAAAAAAUCUGAGCUCUUAUUUUUGAAUCUAAAAAAAUUGCGCAAAAAAUACGUUUCAAAUUUUUUUAAAAUUUUAAAACAGUCAAAAAAAUUAGUAUUGUAUCCAGAUUCUGAUAUUUAAAAAUCUGAAAAUUACCGAAAAAACCAAACUUUCAAUUUUUUCAAAUUCAGAUUCUCUGAAAAAUUUAACUGUUUCCAAAAAGUCUUAUAAAUAUUUUUUCGAGAGAAAAAACCCAAUAAUUAUAGAAUUUUUAUUUGAAAAAAAAAGAAAGUCUAUUGAGCUAAAAAGGCCGAAUAAAUCCCAUUUUUCAUUUCUGAAAAAUUCUCGAAAAAUUACGUUUCAAAUUUUUUAAAUAAAUUUCCGAAAAAGAUGAAUUUUGAUUUUCUGAAACUUCAAUUCUCUGAAAAAUUUGUCUCCAAAACAUCUCAAAAAAAAAAUUUUUUUUGGAAUUAAUCAGUUAGUCAAAUUUUUAUCUUGAAUAUUAUAGAACCUGGAGCGGGAAAAACGAGAAAAUGAAUUGGAAAAGAAAAUCAAAGAAAUGGAAAGCGAUUUAGAAAGAAUGAGAGCUUCUCAACUUGAUAUGGCAACAAAAUUCGAAGAAGCUAGCAGGUAGGUUUUUGAAAAAAAAACUUUUCUUAAUUUUGUACUUACCUUCACAAACCAUAAAUUUUUCCAGGGAAAAUAUGGAUCUUCUAUCAAAAAUUGAUAUCCUACAAGAUCAGCUAAGUCUCGAAGAAGAUCGUCGAAAAUUGUGCGAAGAACAAAUUGAGAGACUGAAAGGAGUUGAGAAUUUUGUUGUGAGUAGUACAAAUCAAGUUGAAGAAUCACAAAAGGAGAAAAAUGUGGCUGAAAUGGAGAAGGAACAGGCUGAAAUUGAAGCGGAAGAAUGUCGAAAACACGCGGAAAAUAUGUUGAAGUUAACACAAGUGCUGACGGAGAAAAAUGCUGAACUUCAACAGAAUAUUGUGAUUUUGAAAGAGGAACAUGGGGUUGAAAUUGAAAAUGUUAAAAAGGAUCUGGAAUUAUUGAGAACUGAAAUUGAAGCGAAAAAUGAGGAGAUUGAAGAGUUACGGGCGAGUUCAAGAAUUCUUCCUGUUGAAGCUCCGAUUUCUAGACAAAUUUCUGUGAAAUCUGAAGACACUGACAACUAUUUUGAGAGAUAUGAAGAAGUUUUGAAGCUAUGUAAGCUACAUUUUUUUUUCAGAAAAAAAAUCGAAAUUUUUUCAGUAGAAGCUGCUGAAAUUCAUCUAACUGAAGAGAAAAAUUCAUUGCUUGCUUAUAAAAAGAAAUCACACGCAACAAUCAAAGAGCUGAAAAGUGAACUGGCAACUUUUAGAAAAUCGUCGAAUUCUCAACACGAAUUAUCAGCUGGAGGAGUUCAGGGAAAUGGCUCAGAUUCAGCGCCAUCGAUGUCAAGUAGAUCAAGAGCUUCUUCAAUAACAUCAAUCGAUCGGGUUACGGUAGGGGAUAUUAUUGAUUAUUGAUAUUAUUGAGAAUGGAAAUUAUUUUAGAGUAUUUCGAGAGAAGAAGAUGGGGCAACAACUGCGCAAGAAGAAGCUUUGAAAAUUGAAAAACAACAGCAACAAAAUGUUCAACAAACUAUGAUUGAUAAGGUAACUUGAACAGAAAUUUUUUUUUUGAAACACAGAUUCCCUUUUUCAGAUCGUGGUUCUCCAGCGAAAACUUGCUCGACGAACUGAAAAAUGCGAAUUUCUUGAAGAACAUGUGAGACAAUGUUUGGAAGAAUUGCAGAAGAAAACUAAGUGAGAUCAUGGAGCUUGUAAAAAUGAAUCGCAACAAAAUAUUUUCCAGAAUAAUCCAGCAUUUUGCAUUGCGAGAAGAAGCUUCAUUAUUGAUGCCAGCAGAAGGAUCAAUUGAAAAAGUGAGUUAGAGGAAAAUCGUAGAUCAUGAAUUUAAAAAUAUCAACAAAGUUAUUUUUGUUUACAGUACCUAUUAGCUCCAAUUUUAUUAUCGAAAAUCUCACGCGCUCCAUCGAAAUAAACACGCAACGCAGACCGCGUCGCGCCACAACACACACAAAUAAGGGAACGAUUCAAAUUCCCUCCCUUAUAUGUGUGUGUGUGUUGUGGCGCGGCGCAGUCUGCGUUGCGUGUUUAUUUCGGUGGAGCGCGUGGUAGCGAUGAGAUUUUCGAUAAUACAGUACCUAUUUACAGUACCUAUUAGCUCCAAUUUUGAACUGAGAUCAACAUUUUUAGUGUGUCUAGAACAAUUUCUAAAAUGUUCUCAGACAUGAAAUUGAUUAGUUAAAAUUUCGAACUCCAAAAAAACUCAAUUUUCAGCUUUUUGGAAGUUGCGAAUUUGUUCAGGUUUGUUUUCAAAAUGUCGUGUUGUCAAACCUUUCUUUUUUUUUAACUAACAAAAUCCACCCUUCAAAAAUAUGUAUUUUCAGGUGCCAAUUGUCAAAAAAUCAACAGCCUAUGCGUUGAUGGGCGCAAUGUUUGUCAAUUCUGGAAGCGAAAAGAAGCAAAGUCAGAUUUUGACUGAAGUCAAUUCUAGACUUCAAGCUGUUCUUGAAGAUCAAAUUCAGAAAAAUAUUAAUAUGAGGGUUGGUUUUUGGUUUUUUUUUGAAGAAGAAGAAGAAGGAAUUCUGAAAUUUUCAGACAACUGUCGAUCAAUUGACAACUGAAAAUACAAAAUUGUGUCGAGAGAAUCGUUUGCUCACAUUAUCACAAGCACGUUUCCAGGAUCCAUAA